CCGCCGCGCCCGGCUAGCCCGAGCUCCGAGUCCCGCGGCACCCGCCGGCCUUGCAGAUAUGGAAUGGACUGUGCUUUAGAGAGGAGGAGAAAACUGGGAAAUGAAAGCACAAGGGUGGCAAGAGGGAAGAAGAGAGAAUGGACAGGAGAUGGCAGCCAUGGCAAGCGGGCAGCGUCCAUGUUCCUGGCCAUAAGCUCCCCGGGAUUUCUGUCACAAGGGAGUGGACUGGCAUUUGUUGAAGGGCAGCUGCUGCUGGUGUCAAUACAUCAUAUUCAGCCUUCACCAAAGCCCUGUGAGGCCUGUCGGGAUGGAGGGCCAUGCUGACAUGGAGUUGCUGAGGACACUGAAGGGGCCUUCCACGGGGGAGGUCAGUGUGCCCCUGGUGGCCACAGACAGCCCAGUGUCUGGUCCUCACCUGCCUGCCACUGCCUUCAUCAUUCCCACCAGCUCAGCCACUCUAGGCUUGCCCACCAGCGCCCUUGAUGUGUCCUGCUUCCCCGGGGAAUCAAUCCACGUGAGCCCCCUGGAACGGGUGGCAAGCGGUGACCCUGUGACGGCUACUGUCGUACCCCAGCUAAGCACAGUUCCAGGGAGUAACACCAGUACUGUGAGACUCCUGGAAUGGACGGAGGUUUCGGCCCCACCGCCGGGGAGUGGCCUGCGGUUCCGGAUAAGCGAGUUCGCGCCGAUGAACAUGGUGGGCCUAGGGAAACCAAGCCCGGAGCUGCAGCAAGAAGGCGUGGUGGAACGAGACAGUGAUGGCCGGGCACCGGUGGGAGGUGGCGAUGCGGGCACGCAGUACUCCGAAGACAUACCCCAGGACCCUCCAGAAGUGCCCUCUCAGGACCCCCCAGAGGACAGUAGCACCUGUCGGUGCCAGACAUGCGGGCCUAAGCAAGAAAUUGGUUCCUCCAGUGACGGCUGUCCUCAGCUGUUCCAGGAGCGGUCAGUCAUAGUGGAGAACUCAGGCUGUGCCAGCCCGUCUGAUCUCCUCAAACCCAUGAAAAAGAGAAAGCACAGAGAAUUCCACACCCCAUCGGAGGAAUCCGAGCCAGAGGCCAUGGAGAAGCAAGAAGAAGGAAAAGAUCCCGAGGGACAAUCCACUGCAGGAACCCCAGAGAGUGAGGAGUGGAGCAGCAGCCAGCCUGUGUCCAGUGAAAGGAAAGAGGGCUGGACCUGGGAGUCCUACCUGGAGGAGCAGAAGGCCAUCACUGCCCCGACCAGCCUCUUCCAGGACUCCCAGGCAGUCGCUCAUAACAAGAAUGGCUUCAAACUGGGCAUGAAGCUGGAAGGCAUUGACCCGCAACACCCAUCCAUGUACUUCAUCCUCACCGUGGCUGAGGUGUGUGGCUACCGCCUGCGUCUCCACCUGGAUGGGUAUUCCGAGUGCCAUGACUUCUGGGUCAAUGCCAACUCCCCAGACAUUCACCCCACUGGCUGGUUUGAGAAAACUGGACACAAGCUACAGCUGCCCAAAGGUUACAAGGAGGAGGAGUUCAGCUGGAGCCAGUACCUACGCAACACAAGAGCCCAGGCAGCCCCCAAGCACCUGUUUGUGAGCCAAAGCCACAGUCCCCCACCGCUGGGCUUCCAGGUGGGCAUGAAGCUGGAGGCCGUGGACCGCAUGAACCCAUCCCUCGUCUGCGUGGCCAGCGUGACCGAUGUGGUGGACGGCCGCUUCCUGGUGCACUUUGACAACUGGGAUGACACUUACGACUACUGGUGUGAUCCCAGCAGCCCCUACAUCCACCCGGUGGGCUGGUGCCAGAAGCAAGGAAAGCCCCUCACUCCUCCACAAGACUACCCAGACCCUGAUAGCUUCUGCUGGGAGAAAUACCUAGAAGAAACCGGAACCUCUGCUGUGCCCACAUGGGCCUUCAAAGUGCGACCCCCUCACAGCUUCCUGAUCAACAUGAAGCUGGAGGCUGUGGACCGCAGGAACCCAGCCCUGAUUCGGGUGGCCAGCGUGGAAGAUGUGGAGGACCAUCGGUUAAAGCUGCACUUUGACGGCUGGAGUCAUAGCUGUGACUUCUGGAUCGAUGCUGACCACCCAGAUAUCCAUCCCGCAGGCUGGUGCUCCAAGACAGGACAUCCCCUGGAGCCUCCUCUCCGACCCAGAGAACCUAGUUCUGUCUCACCCGGGAGCUGUCCCCCUCUUGGCUACAGGAGCCUGUCUCACACAAGGACCUCCAAAUACAGCUCUCACCACCGGAAGUGCCCCACUCCUGGCUGUGAUGGCUCUGGCCACGUCACAGGCAAGUUCACAGCUCACCACUGCCUCUCCGGCUGCCCGCUGGCUGAGAGAAACCAGAGCCGGCUGAAAGCAGAGCUGUCUGACUCCGAGGCAUCAGCUCGGAAAAAGAGCCUCUCAAACUUGUCCCCAAGGAAGAAGCCUCGCCAUCACGGCCGGAUCGGACGCCCUCCAAAGUACCGCAAGAGUCCACCGGGAGAUUACCAGAGCCUCCCGCCUCACGUCGUGCACCAGUCCCUCUUCAUGUCCGCCUUGACCACCCACCCUGACCGCUCACUGUCCAUGUGCUGGGAACAACACUGCAAGCUCCUGCCAGGAGUGGCGGGCAUCUCGGCCUCCACAGUGUCCAAGUGGACUAUCGAGGAGGUCUUCGGCUUCGUGCAGACCCUGACAGGCUGUGAGGACCAAGCCCGCCUCUUCAGAGAUGAGAUGAUUGACGGCGAGGCCUUCCUUUUGCUGACACAGGCGGACAUUGUGAAGAUCAUGAGCGUCAAGCUGGGCCCAGCCUUGAAGAUCUAUAACGCUAUUCUCAUGUUCAGAACUGCCGAUGACACCUUAAAGUGACUGGUCUGUGCGGGCUCUCCUCCAGCCCCUGCUGGGCUGCUCUCUCCAGAUGCCAUGUCCUUUCCAACUUGAGUUCCUCAUAUCCCCACCCGUACCCUCACCCUCGUUACCUGAUUAGGGCUGGUCUGUCCCAGAAGGUGCACGGGAGCAGAGGGGCCUGGAAAAGGGGGGGAGCUCCUGGCCCCCAGUGCUGGAGUUCAUUUGCCUUCGGGUGCCCCAGUGGAAUUGUGACGGGGCAGGUGCCGGGCAGGGCAGUCCCGCAGCUCCAGCUCACUUGCUCAUCAGCAAAGGGUUUUUGUCUUAGUAGUGAGGAGGAGUCUCAUACCCUGCACUGUGAGACCCCUGUCCUUCUUGACAUCUCAUGUCCUUAUCUCUCCUGAGACCCUGUCCUCCUACCCAGAAGUAACUGUGGCCCUGCCACACACAUUUGCCCUUAAAACACCUCCUCCCUUUCUACUUCUGAUUGUGUCCACCUCCCCGCUCCCCCUCCCCCAGCUCCGCAGUCUGGUUCCUGGCAGCCUCAGCUGUGGUCCAGCCAGACGUCAUGGCUCUUUCCUCUUACAUGUGUGAGUCUCAGAAACUUGGGAGCUUCCGGCUGCCUUUCUCCCGUUUGCCCAAGGCUAUUCAGAGCCCAGCUUGAACGUGUCCAGCUUGGGACCGCUUGCCAACGACGCAGCCCACGCUGGGGCCCAGCUCCAGCAGAGGGAGCCUGGUUUACAACUGGUGGACGCCGAGGUUCACUGAGAUUCCCUGUGUUAGGUCUGGGGAGGAGGAAGUGUGGUCUGGUAGGUAGCCCAGGCCAGAAUGUCAAGACAAUCUAGGCGUGUGUUGGAUGCUCUGGGGGCUCCGCUCCAGCAGGUAUGGUAGCAGCAAGCGCUGAGACAGCCUCUCUCUGUAGCUGUGGAUUUCAGCCAAGGUCACUGCCCGUGGGUGACGGCCCCCUGCCAGCCAGGUCUCCUGUCCAGGAGAAUGGAGCACUGUCUAGCCCACACCCAUGAUACCACAUCCACGUUGUCCCUUAAACACUUGCCAUUGGCCCUUGAGGAGCCUUACAAAGUCCACUUACGGGUGGGCGUUGAGCAGACUCACUCUUCUGCCCUUGACUUCUCUGAUCUUGUACACACUUCUUGCCUCUCUCUUAUCUGCUUGCAUUGCCAGCUGGGUUCCUGUUGCCUUUUUGGAACUUGGACUUCUCUACACACACUGGGGUUCAGCCUGCACUCCUGUCACUGCCAACCCUGCCUCCCAGCCUGUGUGGGGAGCACCAGAGCCCAGCGGGAGCUGCCCCAGGAGUGCUGAGC